AUGCGUUUUAACCAAUUUGCUGCUCUCCAUCUUCCUCAGGCCUUGAAUUUGCAUUCGAAUAAUGCCCCAGUCGUGCGCGCUAUCUGUCUGGCUAUCCGCAACUGCGUUGCUCGGUCUCCUGAUCUUUCAACGGCCUUCCUUGGGGAUGAUUCUUCCGACCCUUUCCAUCUAGAAGCCGAAUUGCGCCUCCUGCUUGACAGAGAAGAUUGCUCGGACGAAGCGAAAGCAGCACUUCGUGAUCUUGGUCUUCCUGUUCAUCUUCGCGAAGCCUGGAUCGACGCUGAACGCUCUCGACUCAACAGUUUAGCGGCGGGCGAUUUCAACAGCUUUGCGGGAAUAUGA